AUGGCGGCUGGAAGCCGUAAUGGUGGCCGACGGCUGAGUUAUAUGGGGUCUCUGGAUGAUUACGACAACUCGAGCGAAGAUGAGAAGAAGAAGAAGAACACUUCUAAACCGCAGGAGGAAGGGUGGGGCUGGGAUCUCUUCAGACACUAUCCUCCGAAAACGAAAACUGGAUCUAAUGCUGAUAUGAGUUUCUACCAGAAUGCUAUUAAGGCACUCAAAGUGGUGACAUACUUGAUUUUAUUUACACUUGUCCUUGGUGGCGGAGUGUUUGCCAAAUCAAGUAUCUUACUCGCAACUGCUCAAAUUGAGGAGGGAACACCAGUCAAGUACUGCGAUUAUAAGAGCCCUAAGGGAUCUCUGUCCCCGAAUAAAACGGCUACUAUAAGUGAAGAUGGUAGGAUUUACUGGUACUGGUGUGUGAUCCUGGCAUUUUUCGUCCCGGAAGUCAUGACCCUCCUGAGAACAGUCUAUCAACUUCUAUUCAAGAAGAAAAAAAUUCCGUUCUUCCUUGACAUCUUGUUCGCCGCCGUCGUGGAGAGUUUUCAUGCUGCAGCAAUGGCGCUGCUCUUUCUGCUUGUCAUACCGGAGAUGGAUUCGUUGUUGGCAGCAGCUGUCACCAGCUGCACUUGCUUCAUUCCUGCUGUUCUCGGGCUCCUAUCGAGGACGAAAAUUGAGGACAGCUCAAGUCGGUAUCACAUUCUGAUGAUGGUUGGAGACAUAAUCGCUGUCAUCGCCCAACUAAGCGGAAUCAUCCUCCUUCCCAUCGUUGAUCGCAUCGGCGAAACGGCAAGCUGGUGGUUACCCGCAGUUUUAAUCUUCGCUUCGUGCAGAUGGUGGCUCAACUACGUAUCCCCGAGAAGUACAUUGGGCCUGAUCAGAUUCCUCUCGAACAUGAAGGAUCGUCUUGAAUUAUCCCGAGGUAUCGUCCAAGGGAUGACAGCACUUUGCAGGAUAACAGUCUUCUUUGGAACCUCCUUAAUCAUCAUUCACAUCAAAGGGAUCGAAGUGGAAAAGUUCUUUGGUGGCUUUCCUGGGAAAGCAACCUACCUCGUCAAUGUAAGCAAUGUGCGUUCCGCAGAGACAGAAAGCUCAGAAAGCUCUGGACAAGAAGAAAUUUUUCCCGUUAGCUCUUCCAUACCUCUAUUUGUAUUUCUUGUCCACGUGGUUGCAUCCUUCAGCGCGCAUUUCGCAGGCGAAUGUGCGAGUCGAUCGCUGAUGCAGAAAUUUGGUCUAGCCUUGCCAGUGAGUCUCACAGUUCCAUCAACAAUAGUCUUCAUCUUCGUCUUAUCAGUAAUCCGUGAAGGAAAUGUUUGUGCGUUGCACGGGUUUCUCCCUGACUACAUCUUUUUCAAAUUGUAUGAACACAUCGAUUCGGCAUCGGAUCUGUUGUCCCACUGGGAGCACUGGUUAUGGAUCCCCUGGUUGUUUUCCCAAGGCUGGGUGACAAUGCACAUCUGGACGCCUCAUUGCGAGAGGCUCGCCAAAACACAUCGGCUAUUCGUAGUCUCUUCCUACGACUCCCUGAUAAUUGAUCAGUCCCUCAUGCUGAGUAGAAGGCGCGACGAGCCCGCGGAGAUUGAAGAUACCAAGAUGAACGAUCGUGUGACCAAGAUUUACGUCUGUGCGACGAUGUGGCACGAGCAGGCGGACGAGAUGAUGAAGUUCAUCAACAGUGUCAUUAAACUCGAUCUGUACAGAUCGGCCACCAAAUUCACUCAGAACAGGUAUAAAGUACAGAUGGACGACUACUACGAGCUGGAGACCCACGUCUACUUCGAUGAUGCCUUCCAAUGCAUGCAUGGAUGUGAAUCCGGCAAGCCUUGUCACCACAGUGAGAACGAGACUCACGUGAAUUGGUACGUGAAGGAGUUUAUCAAGGCGAUGGAGAGCUCCAUCACGAAGCUGGGGUAUGUGGCGUCCCCUCCGAUGAAGUAUCCCGCGCCCUACGGUGGCCGGCUGGAGUGGAUGCUGCCAGGUAAGACUCCGCUGACCGUUCAUUUGAAGGACAAGAACAAAAUUCGACACAGGAAACGAUGGAGUCAGGUGAUGUACAUGUACUACCUCCUCGGCUAUCGCCUGAUGGACCAUCCCAAUUACUCCGUUGAGCGGAAGGAAGCAAUGGCGGAGCACACCUUCCUCUUAACCCUGGACGGCGACAUAGACUUCGACCCCUCCGCCCUGAUCGUCCUCCUUCACCUGAUGAAGCGUGACAAGGAACUCGGGGCAGCUUGCGGCAGGAUCCACCCGAUGGGCACGGGCCCCAUGGUCUGGUACCAGAUGUUCGAGUACGCGAUAGGUCACUGGCUCCAGAAAUCCACAGAACACGUCAUUGGAAGCGUCCUUUGCAGCCCUGGGGCGUUCUCUCUCUUUCGCGCCCAAACCCUGAUGCAGGACAACGUUAUGAGGAAGUACGCAACGGUGUCUAGUGAGGCUAGACACUACGUCCAAUAUGAUCAAGGGGAGGAUCGCUGGCUGUGUACCCUGAUCCUCCAGGCUGGAGGGAGAGUCGAGUACUGCGCGGCGUCGGACUCGUACACCCACGCCCCAGAGACCUUCAACGAGUUCUUCAAUCAGAGAAGAAGAUGGAUUCCCUCAACAAUGGCCAAUAUGUUUGAUCUACUGAGCACAUCGAAACAAACCAGAAAGCUCAACGAGAACUUCUCCUGGCCGUUUGUCGUGUACGAGUGGAUCCUCAUGGGAUCGACAGUCCUAGGUCCAGGCACCAUCUUCCUCAUGCUCGUGGGGGCUUUUGUGGCUGCCUUCAGGAUCGACAAUUGGACAAGCUUCUCGUACAACUUGGUACCCAUCGUUAUCUUCGUCAUCGUAUGCUUCUUCUGCAAAGAGAAGACUCAACUCUUAGUCGCCGGCAUCAUCUCCGCUUUCUACGGCCUCGUGAUGGUAGUUGUUCUCGUCGGGAUCAUGAUACAGAUCACGGAGGAUGGGUGGGUCGCACCCUCAACAAUUCUAUUUUGUGUUGUUGCGAUACAGUUAGUCGUGGCUGGCCUGCUGCAUCCUCAGGAGCUGAUCUGUCUAGUCUGUGGAAUCAUUUAUUAUAUAACAGUGCCCUCUAUGUAUAUGCUGUUGAUAAUCUACUCGCUAUUCAAUUUGAAUAAUGUGAGCUGGGGGACGAGAGAGUCGAAACCAGUGGCUGCUAAGAAUUCUGAUCAAGACGACGAUGACACCGACCAGGAAAAGCCUCCAAACGAUUCGGAGAAGGAAGUUAAAGACAAGGGAGCGAUUGACUUCUCGUUUGCCGGAUUAUUCAGGUGUAUUCUCUGCACACACAAUGAGGAAUCCCCCACGGACAAGAAGCUGGAGACCAUCAGCCAGUCUUUGAAUCACAUUGAGAAGCGGCUGCAGAUGCUGGAGGGGGGUGAGAACCCGAGUCCGUUGGGCAGAAGACAUGAAGAGAAAAAGGUGACCUAUCAGAAGGAGAAAAAGGCGGACUAUGAGAAACCAAAGGACCCCGAGAUUAUUCUGCAAGGCCAUUCAGACUCCGAGGAGGAGACGAUCGGAGACAAAUCAGGAACGUUCUUGGUUUCGCCCUAUUGGAUUCGCGAUAAGGAUCUGAGUAAAGGGAGAGUUGAGUUUUUAACUAGAGAAGAGGAGGUCUUCUGGGAGAGGCUCAUCAGGAAGUAUCUUUAUCCCAUUGAAGAGGAUAGAACGCAGCUCGCGAUGAAUGCGGAAGCGCUCAAAGGUCUUCGCAACGAGUUUCUCUUCAAGUUCUUUAUGAUUAAUGGGCUGUUUGUACUGGCUGUGUUUGUCAUGCAGUUGAAGAAGGAUAUUCUGCAUCUGGAGUGGCCGCUGGGGCAGAAGUUUAAUGUUACCUUUGCUGCGACCGAACAGACUGUCCAUCUUCACAAGAGUUAUCUUAAACUGGAGCCUAUUGGGUGUCUCUUUAUCAUUGGGUUCGUGGGGAUUCUGAUGCUUCAGUUCAUGGCGAUGUUGGUGCAUCGGUUCAACACGUUCUGCCAUGUGCUUGCUAAUACCUCUUUGGAGCUAUCACGGUGCUGCAGGUCGAAAAAUUCAGAAGAACUGCCUCUCAAGAGUCAAGCCAAUGAAAUUGUCAAGGGUCUUCAACGACUAGCUCAGAACAACGCACACCCUAUUACUCCUCCGGGUUCUCAGCCAGCUGCACAGCCCAACAAACGAAAGACCAUUCAUGCGCUCAUAUUAAAGGAGAACAAGACGACACUGGCUGCUGAUUUCGACACGGUAUUCCAGCAGAAUCUGCAGGAGCCGUCGGCAAAUCACAGGCUGACGUCCAUGGGCGUCUCGGAACACGUUCUCAAGGCCUUUGAACGCCGAAGGACAACAUUCGUCGAACGGAAAUCCCAGUUGAAACACGCCAAUUCGAGCAACAUCUAUGAGGAUCCAGAGGGCGCCAGGAAACAAACUUUCUACAACCCAAUACCCUCGGGGAAUCCCCAUACUUACGACAAUCCAGUGUUCAUCCCUGACGACGGAACGUCGCCGAUUCAGCUGCGGCGGAAGCCGUAAAACUCCGAAGACUAAACGACUCCAUGAAAUAGAGUCGAAAAAAAGUUGAAAAAUA